GGACGGCAUAUAAAAGUUUUAAAUAAAUAAAUAAAUAUUCACUUCCUUAAGAUUGUUGUAAUGAGGCAAAGUAUCAAUGUCAGAAAUGUUUUUUUGGUUUUGCAGCUCACAUAUCACAUAUGCCUUGGACUUAGCUUCUUAGGUAAGUUACGUUUCUUUGAGCAUCUCCUCCUUGACUUCUGGAAAAUGAAUAUUUUCCAUGAAGCAAGCAGGUGAGAAUAAAGGCUAGUGAGACUACAAGAAAAGUAAGAACCUAAGCAAGAUGAGCAGAUAGGGGCAAGCACUGAAACUUCCUCUCUAGUUCUCAAGUCCAAACUCCAGAGGUAGAAAUCAUGCAUCAUCCUCACUUCUAAUUCUGACAAAUAAGCAGGUACGUGUAAACUGGCCUCAAACGGCUGGACAUGGAAACACUGAUGUUAGUCUUAGGCUUUUUUAAAAAACUAACUUCUACAUUUGUAUAAUCUACAUUAUCUUCUUACAGGUGAUUUCUGCUCUGACUAUAUGAUGUCACAUGAUGGCUUAACUAAAUAUUGUUUAUGUCUAAAGCAGCUACCCUGGAUUUAGAAUCAGUGCCUGGAAGUCCUUUGGAUACCCUUGCAGAUGUGCUAGAACCAUUGGGUCAUUAUGAGUGGACUUUUCGAGAGCCCAUGCUUCACUCAGGCAGGAAAAAAAUAAUUCCACCUCCAGAGAUGACACGAAAGUUCAGUGAACAGAGAAACAGCCCUGUCUUUCUGGAAAGCAGGAUCCCGAAGAUGACAUGCAACGUGGCCAGGGAUGCGCUGCUUGGCUUUGUCGAUUCCAAGUGCUGCUAUGGCAACAGAGCGGCAGGAGAGCUAGUCAUUCAGGAACUGAAGCAGCAAACACUGUACCGAUAUCGACUGGAGACCUUUAAUGAAACAAGGUUGUGUGAAUGGACUUUUGAACCUUAUACCAAUGUUGCGGUAGAUGGCCCACAAAAUGGUUCAUGCCCUCAACCAUGGGAUAUUAAGGUCCAGAGACCACAGAUGUUUCAGGAAGACACAAAGAAGUUCCGUGUACCACACUCUUCUUCAGUCAAGGAAUGUCAUAAGUGCCAUGGGCGUGGACGAUACAAAUGUGGUGGGUGCCAUGGCGGAGGACAAAUGCGGUGUGUUACAUGCAGUGGAGUCAAGCAUAAAGCCAAAGCGAAACAUCUGAAGCAUCAGAAAAGGUGCCCGAUGUGUUCAGGCAGUGGACGCAAAAGGUGCAACACUUGUUCUGGAAGAGGCAACAAAAGCUGUACGACUUGCCAAGGCGAGAAAAAGUUGCUUCACUUCCUUCAACUGAUCAUAACUUGGAAAAACAAUGUAUAUGAAUUCAUUUCCGAGCAUCAGUUAAACUUUCCAAGAGAACAGCUCAAUAAAGCUGUAGGAGAGAACAUAUUUAAAGAUGAGAACGCUUUGGUGUAUCCCCUUCUUGACUUCCCUUGUCCAGAGAUCUCCCUGGCAUCGCAAAGAGCUAUUGCAGAGCAUAAUGCCACAUUCAGAAGCACAUCGCGCAUACUACAGCAGCGACAGACCAUUGAGCUCAUUCCUGUCACUGAAGUACACUACCAGUACUCAGAGAAGACAUACCUUUAUUACAUCUACGGCAUAGAGAACAAGGUCCAUGCCCUCGAUUACCCUGAAAGGUACUGCUGCGGCUGCACCAUCAUCUGACAUCGGAAUGCUUUGCCCGCAGGACCUCAUGAGCUAUUGCUCUGGCUGAAUUGUCCACACAGGAGAGCAGCUGAUUUGCCUUUAGCACCGGGAAGAACAAAGUGUAACCUUUUGUUGUCUUGUCUGUCCAGAGUAGGCACCAGACAACACAUUAGUGGCAACCUCCCACAUAACCUUAUUCUGGCUACAGUUUCUGCUAUUAUUAGUACUGGACUUCUUUAGAUUUAAGCAGCUAUAAAGCACUGUCUAGAAAGAAUGACUUUAAGGGGAGAAGAAGUGAAGGAAACAGGAAAAAUUGCAGAAAGUCCUGGAGCAACGUCCAUGGAAAAUACUUCAAUGGAAUGCAAUGGAAUGAUAUUUAUUUAAAAUGUAGUUUG